AUGCCAAGACGACGGUUAUGCCAACAUCCAACACUACAUACUGUUUCUUCUUAUGUAGCAACAGGUUCUCGGCCGGUCUCUUCUCGCCUUCUCAAUUUUAUACGGACUCGUUAUGAUUUGGAACAAUUAAAUAUUCGUUGGUCGUGCUCGAAGUGUCAAUGGGUAGAAACAAAGGUGAUGAAAGAACAGGAUGAAACUGUUGAGAAGUAUGACAUGGAUACUGGUGGUGACGAAUUAAGUGGAAAUAGUUCGAUGGAUCAUGAAGAAGAUGAUGAUGAUGCAGAAGAUGAAGAUAAUGAAGAAGGUGAUAAUAAUGAAGAAGAUGAUAACAGUGAAGAAGAUGAAGAUAAUGAAGAAGAUGAGGAUAAUGAAGAAGUGGAUGAUGGAUGCGAUCAACAAGCUGAAGAUGAUGAUCACGAAGAAAUAAGUGAUGAAAGUGAUCAGCAAGGUUAUGAUGAUGAAAAACAAAGUGAAGAUGAUAUGCUUCUUGAAGUUAGUUAUCUCGAAGAACAAGCGAUGGAACAAUUAAAUACUAACUCGAUUCGUUCUCGAAUUAGUCAAGUUUAUACAUAUCUUCAUGGCUUAUCUGAUAUACUAGAAGGAAAAUCUGGAAACGAACAUAACCCAAAUCCACAUGAGCUUCUUGUUGAAGAAUCGAAUAAUCUUCUGACAGGUUUAAAAAAUUUAUUCAACGAAAGCUAUGCUUCUGAGCAAGUUCGUUUGUUAACCAUUGCACCUAAGGCAUGGGGUCGAGAAAAAAUUCGUAAAUGGUUUGGAUCAUCUGAACAUCAGGCUCGUGAAUCACUUACCCUUCGACAGAACGAAGGUAUUCUGGCUGUCCCGCAAUAUUUCAAAGGCAAUACUCCAAUUUCGAAUGAUACGAUUACUACUAUAGUCAACUUCUACCGAGAAGAUGGUACUAGUCGUAUGUCAUCAAAUUCCAAAAAUACAAUUCAAAUUAAUCAAAACACAGUACCUAUUCGUUAUAUGGAAAUGAGCAUCUUAGAUGCUUUUCGAAUAUUUGACGAACGCUUUCCUGGUUUGGUCGGUCGUACAACAUUUUAUUCAUCACGACCUCGGGAUAUAAAGAUUUUAUCGCCACAUGACACAUAUCUAAUUAAUGAAAUGGUUUGUCAUGAUAAUAUGGAAGAUUGUUUUAUUGGUGAAUGUCAGCAAUGUUCGACCAAAUCUCUUAUUAAUAUUCUUACAGCAAACAUCAACGUUGACAUGGAUGAAAAUUGUUCUUGGACUACUUGGAAAAAACUGAACAACAAAUUUGACUUGCAACAAACCACGGGUUCCGUUGAAGCACUCUUUGCUCAAAUAGAAGCAGAAUGGCCCUCAUUUAUUUUACAUACAUUUUGCAAUCGAAGACAACGUGAAUAUAUAGCUGAAAUUCGUACACAAUCAACAAAAACAACUUUUAUUGUUGCUCAAAUGGAUUUCUCUAUGAAUUACACCCUAAUUCGUCAACGAGAAGUGCAACAAGGCUUCUUUUCUCAACAUCAAGUCUCUCUUUUUACAAUUCAUUUAACAAUCGGAAAAGAACACCGUGAUAUUGCAAUAAUCAGUAAUUCAAUGGAGCAUAAUGUCGCAUUUGUUUACUGUGCUCAACAAAUUCUUGUUGAUUACGUAAAGAAAAACUUUCCUGUUCUCAAAAGAAUUAUCUACAUCAGGUAA